UGUCACUAAAGGAGAGGGGGCGGAGCCACGGAGCCUUAAAAGAGAAAGGGGAGUCAUCCACUCUUUUAAAAAAGAACUGCGCUUGGGCUUGGGAGGAAUCCCAUCUACAUAUUUCUGUCUUCAGUCUCACCCAAGGGUCGUGGUUGGAACUUUCCGUCAAUUCUUUCUAAGCCUUUGCCUCGUCCUGCCUGUCACAGUCAAGGCUGCCCAAGGCCUCCAGAGUGUGGCUGUUCAACUGGGUGAGAUUUGUCAGACGGGUGUCAGAUGUUUCUUCCUCGCUCCUAAGAGCAACUCAGAUAGAUAAAGAAAGCGUCCCUGGAGUGUCCCUUCAGGCCGCCUUGAGCUGGAGGAAGACAGCAAGGAAACAGCAGAGUGAAAGAUGCCCCAGGCUGAGGGCCCACCUGCGGGGACACCGCGGGGGUCCCACUGACCCACUGUGCUCCGGCUCUCCCGCACUCAGGUUGUUUUCUGUUGAAAGCUCCACCUCGCUGAGAUUAUGCUGCUCUUACUUAUUCUGUUGCCAGUAGUUUUUAAAUUCAGCUGUGUGAGUCUCGCAGCGCUGCAGCCCGGGAGCUGUCCUGAAGGCCGCCCGGAGGGACAUGGGCACUCUCCUUGCCUGGGUCCUGCACCUUUCUUAAUUUUCUCACAUGGAAAUAGCAUCUUUAGGAUUGACCCAGAAGGAACAAAUCAUGAAGAAUUGGUAGUGGAUGCUGGUGUCUCAGUGAUCAUGGAUUUUCAUUACAAAGAGGAAAGAAUCUAUUGGGUGGAUUUGGAAAGGCAAUUUUUACAAAGAGUUUUUCUGAAUGGCUCAAGGCAAGAGAGAGUGUGCAAUAUAGAGAAAAAUGUUUCUGGAAUGGCAAUAAAUUGGAUAAAUGAAGAAAUUAUUUGGUUAAAUCAACAGGAAGGAAUCAUUACAGUAACAGAUAUGAAAGGAAACAAUUCCUACGUUCUUUUAAGCACCUUAAAAUAUCCUGCACAUAUAGCAGUUGAUCCAGUAGAAAGGUUUAUAUUUUGGUCUUCAGAGUUGGCCGGCAGCCUUCACAGAGCCGAUCUCAAUGGUGUGAAAGUGAAGACUCUGUUGGAGAUACCAGAAGGAAUAGCAGCUGCAUCCUUGGAUGUGUUUGAUAAGCGACUCUUUUGGAUUGGGCACAACACAGAUGGAAGCAGUGCUCGUAUGUGCUCUUGUGAUUAUGAUGGGGGCUCUGUCCACUGUAGCAAACAUCAAGCACAGCACAAUUUAUUUGCAAUGUCCCUUUUUGGUGACCGUAUCUUCUAUUCAACAUGGAAAAAGAGGACAAUUUGGAUAGCAAACAAACACACUGGGAAGGAAAUGGUUAGAAUUCACCUCAACACGUCAUUUGUACCACCUGGUGCACUUAAAGUAGUGCAUCCACUCUUACAGCCCAAGGCAGUGGACGAUGCCUGGGAGUCUGAGCACAACCUUUGCAAACUGAGGAAAGAAAAGUGCAGACGCGGCGAGUGUGGAGCCGGCCCCAACUUCCGCCAGUGCGCAUGUGCGGAGGGCUACACUUUGAGCCGAGACCGGAAGUCUUGCGAAGAUGUAAAUGAAUGUUCCUUUUGGAAUCAUGGCUGUUCUCUUGGAUGUGAAAACACCCCUGGAUCCUAUUAUUGCACAUGCCCAGUAGGAUUUGUUCUGCUUCCUGAUGGGAAACGGUGUCAUCAAUUAGUUUCCUGUCCAAGUAAUGCAUCUAAGUGCAGCCAUGGCUGUGUUCUGACAUCAGAUGGUCCUCUUUGUUUCUGUCCUGAAGGCUCUGUGCUUGAGACAGAUGGAAAAACAUGUAGUGGCUGUUCAUCACCUGAUAAUGGUGGGUGUAGCCAGCUCUGCGUUCCUCUCAGUCCGGUAUCCUGGGAAUGUGGUUGUCUGCCUGGGUAUGACCUACAACUGGAUCGGAAAAGCUGUGCAGCUGCAGGACCACCACCAUUUUUGCUGUUUGCCAAUUCUCAAGAUAUUCGACACAUGCAUUUUGAUGGAACAGAUUAUGAAACCCUGCUUAUCCAGCAGAUGGGAAUGGUUUUUGCCCUAGAUCAUGACCCUGUGGAAAAUAAGAUAUACUUUGCCCAUACAGCCCUGAAGUGGAUAGAGAGAGCUAAUGUGGAUGGUUCCCAACGAGAAAGGCUAAUUGAAGAUGGAGUAGACUUGCCAGAAGGACUUGCUGUGGACUGGAUUGGCCGUCGAUUCUACUGGACAGACAGAGGGAAAUCUGUCAUUGAAGGGAGUAAUCUAAGUGGAAAGCAUCGUGAAAUAAUCAUAAAGAAGAACAUUUCCCAACCACGAGGAAUUGCUGUUCAUCCAGUGGCCAAGAGAUUAUUCUGGACUGAUUUGGGGAUCAGUCCACGGAUUGAAAGUUCUUCCCUUCAAGGCUCUGACCGACUGAUCAUAGCCAGCUCUGAUCUGAUUGGGCCCAGUGGAAUCACGAUUGACUACUUGACUGACAAAUUGUAUUGGUGCGAUGCCGAGAAGUCGACGAUUGAAAUGGCCAAUCUGGAUGGUUCAAAACGCCAAAGGCUUGCCCAGAAUGAUGUAGGUCAUCCAUUUGCUGUAGCUGUUUUUGAGGAUCAUGUGUGGUUCUCAGAUUGGGCUAUGCCAUCGGUAAUAAGAAUGAACAAGAGGACUGGCAAAAACAGGGUACGUCUGCGAGGCAGCAUGCUGAAGCCCUCAUCACUGGUUGUGGUCCAUCCAUUGGCAAAACCAGGAGCAGAUCCCUGCUUACAUCAAAAUGGAGGCUGUGAACAUAUUUGCGAAGGGAGAUUUGGAACUGCUCAGUGUUCGUGUCGUGAAGGUUUUAUGAAAUCCCCAGAUGGGAAAAAGUGCUUGUCUCUAAAUGCUGUUCAGAUGUGGGCAGCAGGUGGUGAAGCAGAUCCAAGUAACCAAGCAACACCAUUGGACACCUUGUUGAAGAGUAGAUCCUCAGAAGAUAAUGUUACAGAAUCUCAACACAUGCUGGUGACUGAGAUCAUGGUGUCAGAACAAGAUGACUGUGCUUCUGUGGGAUGUGGUGGGCGUGCUCAGUGUGUCUCUGAGGGAGAGGCUGCCACGUGCCAGUGUUUGAAAGGAUUUUCUGGGGAUGGAAGACUCUGUUCUGAUAUAGAUGAAUGUGAGAUGGGGAUCACAGUUUGCCCUCCUGUCUCCUCCAAGUGCAUCAAUACAGAAGGUGGCUAUGUCUGCCACUGCUCAGAAGGCUACCAAGGAGAUGGGAUUCACUGUCUUGAUAUUGAUGAGUGCCACUUGGGGAUACAUAGCUGUGGAGAGAAUGCCAACUGCACAAACACGGAGGGAGGCUACACUUGCAUGUGUGCUGGCAGUGUUUCUGAACCUGGACUCAUUUGCCCUGAUUCUGUUCCGCCAUUUCAGCUCAAGGAAGAUGAGCCCUCUCCAGGCAGAAAUAGUUUCCCGGGAUGCCCCCCGUCACAUGACGGGUACUGCCUCCAUGGUGGCGUGUGCAUGUAUAUUGAAGCAGUAGACAACUAUGCCUGCAACUGUGUGGUUGGCUACGUCGGGGAGCGCUGUCAGCAUCGAGACUUGAAGUGGUGGGAACUGCGCCACACUGGCCGUGGACGGCAGCGGGACAUCACUGUGGUGGCUGUCUGUGUGGUGGUGCUGGUCCUACUGCUCCUCCUGGGCCUGUGGGGGGCUCACUCCUACAGGACUCAGAAGCUGUUAUUGAAGCAUCCAAAGAAUCCUUAUGAAGAGUCGAGCAGAAAUGUGAGCAACAGCAGGCCUACUGAUGGCGAGGCUGGGAUAUCUUCUUGCCCUCAACCUUGGUUUGUCAUUGUAAAAGAACAAGACAUCGGCAAUGGGAGUCAGCCUGUGGUGAGCCAGGAUGGCCAGGCAGCAGAUGCUGGGCACUUUUCCUCCCUGAGGCCUGAGUCCCUGCAAAUGACUCCAUGGAGGAAGGAGCCCCAGAUACAUGGAGUAGGCAUGGAGCAAGACCACUCGACUCCACCAUCAAGUGAUAAGGGGUCUGGCCCCCAGCUAAUGGAGCGAAGCUUUCAUCGACCAUCUUACGGGGCACAGCCUCUUGCUGUGGGAAUUGAAAAGCCCCAUUUUCUCUUGUCUGCUAAUCCAUCAUAGCAGCAAAGGGCCCCAGAUUCCCCACACCAAAUUGAGCCAAAUCACUGAGAACUGGAAUUAAAAGGAAGGUCAAAAGGAACAAAACAUGUCUAUGGACUACAUGAUUCCUUUCAAAAGGUAGAGGAAAACUCCAGAUUUUGGUUCCUUAAUCUCUACAAUAGAUCACCUGGAGACAGAUGUGUAGUUAGGCUUUUGUUUCUUCCUUCAAGCAAUCCCACUGCAGGUAUUCAAAUAAAAGUAACCGGGAGAACCACUCGGUAACUCAUUAGUAGCCAAAAUGGGGAAUGCUAGUGCUUCGUAACUGUGUUGUCUUCAACAGUCAAGAGAUAGAUUUUUUUUUUCCUUCCUGCAGCCUCAGAAGAAAUGUGGAGUUAGAACAGGAAAUCACAGUGGUUUGGUCAGUCAUAAAGUCCGUUUUUGAUCUGUACAGAACAUUUAACUCCAUUUGAUGAAAUUGUUGGAUUAUUAUAAUUACUGUUAAGAUACUUCGUGAGCUUUAACUGCACAUUGAUGUGGUCCAUGCUAGUAAUUUUGCAGAACGAAUUGUGAUUAAAUCAAUGAAGAAUCUGAUAACUUAGAACCUGAUUUCUUCAGAAUUAAGUGGCCUUUUUUUCCUAUUUUAUAAUCUUUGAAAAGAUUUAAUUUUGAAAACAUUGUGUUUCAUAGUUAUUCCUGUCCUCCCCCCAACUGCAUUUUCCCCAAUGACAAUGCUAAAUUCUCUUUUGGUGUGUUUCUGUGGAAUUUUUACCUGUCUCCUAAUAUAUGAAAUUGUAAGCAAAUUGCUGAUUUAUUUUUUUAUCUUGGAUUGCAGUAAUUUCUUUAAUUAUUAAGAUAAAGUCAACAUAAAACAUAAACAUUUUAUUGUAUACUUGGUUAAGCAAUUAUAAUCCAAAGAGGUGUCAAACUUAAACCAAAAUAAUCUGUCAGGCUUGCUAUUGUAAUUUUUUUUCAAUUGAAAAUUAUAGCUUCAUAAAGUAAAAUUUCACCUGGUGUUUUAAUUCAGUAUUUUUCUUGCAGCAAAGGCAUUGCUUCUACAGAUAACACAACUUGCCAAUUUCAUAAUUUUGGAUUGUUUGAGACUUGGGAUUGCCUUGUUUAUACAUUAAAUAGUCCCUUUGCUUGCCUUUAUCUUUUACUUUUCCUCAACUCCUUGGACUCUGGUUACAUAAGAAAACAAAAUAAAAAGGAAUUGAAGCA